AUCGCACACCAUUUCUUGUACCGGGAAUUUAUUUAUUUUUUUUUUUUCACUCCUCUUGUGAAUAGCAAGGAGCAGUUUGGCCAAUAUAAUUUUCAAAUAUUCUUCCUGAAAGAGUCUUCAAGGUGUUGAUUGCCAUUACAAGUUGGAUUUAUUGCCAAACUAACCACAAAUGUAAGAAAUGUACACGUCGUGUAUUUGAAACAAGUACACUAGCCACAGAGGUGGGUCAUCACGUGCUAUAUGUACUCAACAUCUUGGAUAAAGUGGACUUAGAGUAGUUUGAAUACGCUACGUUUACUUGAGUGUGUAUGUGAAGAAAAAUCGGUACUUUUACUCCGUUACAAUGAUGGACAUCCCCCUCGCUACUUUUAUCGAUGCCUGAGCUAUUUUUUUUUUUUUUUAUCUUCAACUUCCGCAUAUGGACGUCGUUGCGCCGAUCCAUUGUGCUCAUUUGACUACAAUUCACCAAUCAUACGGCACAAAAGAGUUACAGGACCACACACAAAGCCUUCGUGGGCCAAUCAAAGUGACUGAUUAUGUGACGGAGCAAAAAAAUCCCACUUGUGUUUAAUUUACAGAAAAAAAAAAUAAAAAGAAACAGCGACGUUGUCUGUGUUUCAGCCCACUUCUAACUUUGAGAAAACACACUUUGUGCGGUGAGAGCUGAGUGUUUACCUUUGAGUGCGCUCUGGGGCAUCCUGUAGACUUCUCUGCCAGCCGGAGCUGCCACUAAGCAGUCCAAGCCCGUGAACAGGAUCGAUACGAGUACGAGCAUGGUGUCAGAACACGGGACGUCCGGUGACGACGGCCAGGAGACACGCCGGGACGCCGGAGAGAAUGCCGAGAUGAUGCUGGGCUGCUGCGGCCUGACCGUAUCCAGGCCAUUAGCCAUGAAUUAUGGUACUGCUACCAUCGCAGCCAAUUGUCUGGAUGAGAAGCAGGCUGUGCCUCACUUUGCGUUGUCGUGUGUUCGCCUGCGGCCAAGUGGUGGGCUCGCCGUCGAGCAGCUGGUAAUCAUCUCUGCAGUGUCGAUGCGAGCAGAACUGUUGGUGCCCUGAGCUGAGAAGAUGGUUGGACUGAGGAACCGUUCCACGUGGGAUCCACUGCUGCUCAAGUCGUCUUGCAUCAAAUCUUGUGCCGUCGGCUGCUCCUUGGGCAUCACCGCGCACCUUACUUAUGCCAAUGCCGACAAAGAACCCAUUGAAGGUGUGUUUGUGUACCCUCUUGGAGAAAAGGAGGUCGUGGUGGGCUUCGAGGCGGCCAUUGCAGGACGUCUGAUGGGUGUCCAGAUCCGUAACCGAGGCAAGCUCAAGGACUGCUGCUUGGACUGCUGUCCCGGUCCUGGUGCCGAAGGCCGGGAAUGGAACUGCUGUGGGAGCUCAAGCUUGGACAUGCAGUGCACUAACGGCCAUCUCAUCCUCGAUGAAGAUCUGGAACGAAACACCUUCAUCGUGGAAAUAGGGGUCAUAGGUCCCAUGGACGUCGUGUCAAUCAUCAUGAAGACCACACUAGAACUGCCCACAUUAGAAAAUGGAGCAAUCCACAUUGUUUACCCAACAUUGCUGACGCCCAUUGUCGGGCACAUGACUGCAAGCAAGAGUGAAAAUGGAGGGAAAGCUGAAGAAACUGGAUCAACCAGCUGUUUUAGUGCCACCUCAGGAAAACAGGACCGGGUACUUGAUUCUGAGCAGCAGUACUGCGCACAUGCCAUCUUCUCCAGUCCAGCCGCCAGUUUGGCUCCUUAUGAACUGAACUUCCAACUGUUGGUCCGAGGGGCUUGUCUGCUGGCCGGACUGGAGAGCCCCACCCAUGCCCUGAGAGCGGAUGCUGACCCCAGCGCACAAAGUGCCUCCGCCACCUACAUCACUUUAGCGCAGGAGCAUCCCUAUGACAGACACAUAGAGAUCAUCUUGCACCUAAGCGAGCCACACAGCCCACUGGUCAUAAUCGAGAAAGGAAGGCUCUCCUUCAGCCAGUAUGAACAGCACAUCCACUCUCGACGGGAUUUCAUUCGCUGCACCCGCAAAGAUCCUGAACCUGAGAGGAAGAUGGAGUUUGUGCGGAAGCGCUAUCACAAGGACAUCCUAAGCAACCCGGUGUUGAUGCUCAAUUUCUGUCCCAAUUUCUUGGGGGAACCUCUGGAGCUGAACAAAGCAACCAGAGAAAUAUUGUUCCUUGUCGACUGGAGCGGUGCCAUGAGUGGGACCAACAUCUGUCGGGUCAAAGAAGCCCUGCUGGUCGCCUUGAAGAGUCUCCCUUCGGGGACCCUGCUCAACAUUGUCGGCUUCGGCGCCCCGACGAAACCUCUUUUCACAGCCAGCAAGCUCUGCACGGAUGUCACGCUGAUGCAGGCCUACGAGUAUGUCCAGAGGAUGAGAGCGGACAUGCGCGGUAUCAACCUACUGGGGGCGCUGUCCUGGGUGUACCAGCAGCCUAUGCAGCGCACAUACCCUCGUCAGGUCUUCGUCAUCACGGACGGUGCCAAAAACAACGUGGCGAAAGUUUUGGAGCUGGUCCGCAGGAACAUAUGCGCUGGCAGAUGCUUUGGUUUGGGCCUUGGUUCCAGAGCAUGCAGGCGACUCCUGCAGGGCGUCGCCAAGCUGACGGGAGGUACUACGGAGUUUUUGGAAGAUGAAGAAAGACUUCAGCCCAAGCUCAUCAAGUCUCUCAAAAAGGCCCUUGAGCCCGUGCUGACCGACGUACGGAUUGACUGGUACCUGCCUGAAAACAUGGAGGCCCUUCUUUCUCCCAGUGAAAUCCCUGCGCUCUACCCGGGGAAUCGCCUCAUUGGAUAUUGCACCCUGUAUGACUUGACAACUUUUAAAGCCAAAAAGACUGAGUGUCAAGAGCGUGGCUACAAAGUUUUAGAAAACGCCUCCGUGGGCUCUGUUUUUUGCCCGUCCAAUGACGACAUCUCACCUGCCACUUCUGAGCUCAUGCCUGCGGUGACCUGUCCGGAAGGUCACGACCUGGAAGAGGCGUUGCGGGAAAUCUCUAGAGAAAUCUCCUCUGAGUUCUCCUGCGCCAAAGACGCAGAUCCUGACCCCAACACAGGAGUGGAUGUAGACUGGUCCAGCGACGUGAGGACCAGGAUCCAAGAGAGCUCCUACAUCCAGGAGCAGUACGUCCUCACCCACUGCUCCCUCAGUAGCGAACAGAGUCUACUCACACACAAAAAAGCUUCAUCGAGUUCUGACGCUAGGGGCCGGGCCUGUCUGUCUGACCCGAUGCCUUCCGCUCCGUUGCUGGACACGGGAUCUUUACCACAAGGCCUUGAGAAGAUAGCUGGUCCAGAACAGCGGUCAUCUUUGUCUCGCUGGGCUGACUCGAACCUCUCAGCUGAGACACCAGACCACGGCAGGAAAAACUAUGGACAAUUGGGUUGGAGCAACGAAGCGCGCUGGAGACAGAAAUCGUUGGCCCGUUCAACCAUGGCGGCGAGAAGCUUCUCGUCGCCGCAGGGUGAGCUGGAGAUGCAUCGCCUCAGGAGAGCCCUGGAGAGGGUCUCCUUCGACCAGACCCUGGGAGGGAGGCUGGAUGAAAGUGACGGAGAGACGAAGCCACCGGAGACGCUGUCCCACAAAAGCCUCAGUGACUCCAGUGGACUUCUUUUUCCUGCCUCUCCUCUGGACUGGGACAACUUCACCGACCCAGAGUGCCUAUUCGCCGCCGUUCCUCUGCAGGAUCCUCCCCCGGGUCAAUGCCGCUCCCUUGUUCACGGCAUUCUGGGCGGCAGACUUGUGUCCUGGGAGGUCACCGUGAACCUGGCCCACCUCUUGGUCCCGGAGGACCAGACGGCGACGGCGGGGGAAGAUUGUCAAAGUAAACGAGGAAGAGAGAGGGAAUCUUGGGGGGAGAUCAUUCACCAGCUGGCCGCUCGCUCCGUCAUAAGAGACUCUGAGAAAAUGGCCGAGAGGGAGAACCAAACAGGACAUGGUUCAGCUAAGCGGUACCGCGUGAAGGCCAUCCAGACCAGUAAACAUUGCAACAUCGUCUGCAUGUACACAGCCUUCACCAUCAUUGACAGCAACCCUAACAAAGGUUUCCAGGAUGGUGUAGAGGUCCAAAAUACAGGGUUACUUUUGGGAAGCAGUCGCAGUUCCCACUCGGGUAGUCGCAAGCAGAAAACCUAUUCUGCAGGUCUGGGCAGAAGGCCCACCAGUCGAGACUGUGAAGAGGGCGAGGACACGUGGACCUCUACAGAAAAAGACGACACUCCUACCUCACCAUGUAGCCUUACUUCCUGGGACUCGAACGUCCUCAGUGCUGCUCCCUCGGUAACAACGGGCCCAACAUCCACUCGUUCUCAGCGAUCUAUAGAAAGCAAGUCAAUGGAGAGCUUCUUUGGCACCAGGUUUCCCCUUAACAGACUCAGGUCCUCGAUUUCAUCAGGACGGCAGGUUCCCCUCAAGUCCCACUGCCUGUCUGCAGAGACAGACAAACAACCGGAGAAUGAGGAGGCCAAUUACCUGCCCCUGGUCCGCCUUCAACUGGCCUCAGGAGCGUUUCUACUCACCGAGAUGUACGCCGACUGUGUCCAGAUCUCCUUAGACCGCCUGAAGAGGGCUUCCCCCUACAGCCUGCAUCGUCGCAGCCUCAGCCCGCCUUUCCGCUGCGCGUCUCCCAGCGCUCCGUCUUUAUCCUCCUCCGCCAAACCUCCCAGUCAUCACCAGGUCACCUUUUCACCCUCCUGCUCCCUCGCCAGAACGACCGCACCUCCCUUUCACCACACGCCAGAUGACACCCCCUUGAUGCUGGAACCAAGGCUUCGCCGAAGACACCUGUCGGACAGAGACACCGUCACCUUAUCCCCGGAUCUCCCCAGCUUUGAAGAAGGCUCCCCGGAGCUACCGGGCAGCACCUUUCAGGGUCAGGUGGACAGCGGUCGCGGAUCAGAGACAGAUGUGUGUGAGGGGUCUUCGCUGGAGCCCUCCUACCUCCAGGUGAGUAGCCAGUUGGCUCAGGACGACCUGGAGGGGUCGAGCUGGGCGACCGCAGUGGCACUGGCCUGGCUGGAGCACCGCUGUGCUGGAUACUUCAUGGAGUGGGAGCUGGUGGCGGCAAAAGCAGACUUUUGGCUCCGCGGGCUGGAGCUGCCCGAAGGGGUGGACCUGGCCGGGUUGAGAGGGGCCGCAAGACAGCUGUUCCUGCUGCUGCGCCACUGGGAUGAGAACAUCAAAUUCAACAUGCUGUGUUAUAAUCCCAAUAAUAUGUGAGACAAUUGUGACGGAAGCCUUCUUUCGCAUUAGAAUGUGACUGACAAUAACAGAGUGCCAAGUUCAUCUUAAGUUGCACACGCAUCUUAUCAAGCAUUUUUACACACACAAAAAAGUGGCCUUCUAAGAUUAUUGCUGCAUGCAAAUCACAAAAUUGCCUAGAAGAAAUGUCUUUUUUGCAGCAAACGCCUAACUUAACCGAAUCACCAAUAGUGUCAAAUAUUGAAGAGGAAGCAAGGAAGUAAAACCACUUUUGGUUUGGAAAAUAAACUUCAAUGAGAUCUUUACGGC